AUGAAUGCUGUCAACAGCGACAAGUUCGUGCCGGGGAGAGCCGGAGCUCCGUCGCCUCCGCCUCCGCUUCUUCCUCCCCGGCCUCGCGAUGUCGACCGUCUCCUCCGGGCCGACGACAAUAGCGAUCUCCCGCCUUCCUACGAGGCGUCCACUCUCCGCAGACCAAGCGACGCACACAUCCGCGUCGCCGUCCGCUCCUCCCAACACGCCUCCAACAGCAACUCCUCCCUGCCAUCCCUCAUCGCCGGCCGCGACGGCCGCACCAGCAUCAACACCCAAGGCUACCUCCUCACGACCCCCAUGAGCGCCGCCAGCCUCGACCGCUACGACCACUGGGGCCAGAGCCACCCCACCGACGGCUCCGGCUGCUGCUGCUCCGACUCCGAGGGGUGCUGCUACUCGAGCCGCGGCGGCAUCGUCUUCUCCGACCGCGACGGGCUGCUGCUGUUCCGAUACCAACGGGUGCUGCUUCUCGAGCGACAAGGGGGCGUGUUGCUCGGAUGGCAGAUCAUGCUGCUUCUCGAGCUUCGACAUGGAAGAUUCCUCAAGGGGGGCUCCGACGAUGACGGUUGA